CAACAUAUCAGCAGAGAUUCCCGCUAGACUCUCCUCUCAUCUACCGGAUGGGAAUUGCCACCACUCGUGUGACCAUAAGAAGAAGCAUGUGUCGUCGUACUUCUUCAACCCAGAAUGAGGACGUGGAUAUAGAACUAACCAUGCUUGUACGCAGGAUUGAAAGGUUGGAAUCUAUUAGAGCUGAUUUAUCCUCUCAGCUGGCUGCAUCGCAGAGAGAUAUUAACAUCCUCCAAUCUCAAAACGAGGUGCUGAGAAACUCUCUCGACCACACUGUUCUACAACUACAACAGGACCAAGCCUUGAAUGAUGAAAUUACAAGGCAGAUUGAAGAACUGAAGAUAACCACUGGAGAAGAGGAUCCAAAAACACCGCCUAGCUAGUUCCUCCCAUUGAGUAGGGGGCUUUCAAACACAGACUGUAAUAAGUUAGUUCAGGGGAACUAUUAAAGUAGCUAAUAAAGCAAGUUAAGUGUACCAAACGAUGUGGAAGGGAUUACGAUUUGAUGGUUUUUCAUUCUGCAAGUUAUUACAGCUGGUCGUACACACUUUUCUUAAAUAAGAUCAGU